AUGUCUUCCUCAAAAGCUUCUGGUAUUGUAAAAAACGCUGGCUCCUCAGCCCCUGGUGGCCCCAAAUCUCAAAUUAGACGUCGUGCUGCCGCUGAAAAGACCGCAAAGGAUUCUAACACCGGUCCUGCUGGCCCUCGCGCUGCUGGUGCAGACGGCUCUACCCCUACCUUGUUGAAGUUGUAUUCUGACGAGGCUACCGGCUUUAAAGUUGAUCCAGUGGUUGUCAUGGUUCUUAGUGUUGGAUUCAUUGCUUCCGUCUUUGCCCUCCACAUCGUUGCAAGAGUUUUGAAAAACUUUGCCUCUGAGUAA